AUGUUUGGGCUCGUAGAAGAUCCAAACGACAUUAUUAAGGCAUCAAUUAAGUUGAUUUGGAAAGCAGCACAUGGAAAAAUUCUUACUAUUACUUUUAAUGACCCGUUAUUUUCGGCGACCAUUACCUUUGAUAAUGACACUAAUACUACUGUCAACUUGGAUGCACCAGGAGUGGUCCUCUUAAACGAAGAAAAUUUUAGAAAAAUAAGAACUGAAUUGGCUGGAAAAGGUCCUAUUAUAAUUGAUGAGGAAAUUCAAGAUCGUGAUGAAGUUGGUGAACUAAUGUAUAACAAUCAAGUCAGUAUAGAUAGAAUUGAGUCUGACAGUAAUACUGCUGUAAGAACAGUCCAACAGACAGAUGGGCAGAUAAAUAGAUUUUUUAGAACUUCGAAAGGAACUAAGAAAAAUCAAGAGAAAGAAAAUGUUAAUUUUGACCAUGAAAAUGAUGAGGAGACGGAUGAACCUGUCAGCGAUAUCUCCAAUAUGCUUGAACAAGCAACCCUAUCAAAACACAUCAGUGACAUUGAAUCUAUUCAUGAUAAUCAUAUAAAAUUUUUCAACUAG